UGCACGGCUGAAACAUACUUUAACUCUUUCAUCCAGACUUCUCGAAGCUCCUGAAACUGGUGAUUUCGCAGCUCGGUCAACUGACGAAAGCGACGUCUCGACGCCUCCUUACUGCUGGUCCUGGGCUCAUGCGUCUCAUCCCAACGUAACAAAGAUGCUCUUUGUUGACUGCAACGCUCGCCCAGUAAGGAUCCAUCUUGGCUGGCACACAAAGAAUCGCGGAUCCAGCAGCCAAAGAAGCUCUAGUCUGGGCCUGGAACGGUUAUAGAUCACAGCCGUCGUUGCGUUGUGAAUCUGGUCCCGGGGUCGCUCCUGGUUGAGAAUAUAUUCGCCCUCACCUCGACUCUCUUCAACCUCCAAUACCUGACGGAUCCCAAAUCUGCAAACGUCUUCAUCUCGUCUGUUCUCCAUAAACCUCCCAUAAUAUCAUUGACCACAAUCACGACUACGACUUUCCGAGCUUCCUGCCUACUGCUUGACUCUUUCUCACCAUGAUGAAUGGGGGAGGAAGGGGAGGCAGGCUCCGGUCAAGAGAGCGCGGCGCUGCUGGGCGGCCCAUCACUCGCACGCAGGUGCAGGACUUCAAGAAGCCCGAUCUUCCCCCCUUAAAAGGCGCACCCACCGGGAGACGGCAGUAUGCAUACGGAGCUGCGGAGGAACCGUCCAAUCUCCGCCGCCCCAGCUUGGAUGGCAUGCCAAUCACUCUGCAGGAGGCCAUGGACGGCGUCCUUCGCAGACAGGAACUCCAAGAGGCCAAGGAGGCUGAAGAGCUGAGGCGUUAUGGACAACAGCCGAACCCUCCCAUCACUCAUAGGUAUGACCAGGGGAGAGAAGCCAGCAUGAGCGACGACGCCGCCGAGUCUGGUUCCGACGCUGAGCCAACUCGACAAUCGAGCGCUGCACAAUUCACCGCCAGAGCGGCCUUUGAACAUUCGUUCUUCGAGGAAUCCGAGGACGACGAGGACGUCGAGGAUGAGGAACGAGAACUCACUCCCGGCGAAAGUGAGGAUUCUGACUUGCGGAGUUUCAAUGCCGAGGGUGAUUACUACGGCAAUGCCUCGUUGAGGUCGUCACCAACGCCGCCGCCAGCCCUCAGACAGGUGCCUCUCACCAGAGCGACGAAGCCAUCCCGCCCAUCCUCCUUUCUACCGAGCCAACCUGAGGUUGGGACUGAUCAACAUGACCAGAGUACGCCGAGCCGGCUCAGUGAAGCUCCAACCAGAGCCUGGGGUGCCUUCAAGAGCCUUCUAGGGGGCAGGGGCCAUGCACCCGUCAGCCCACCCGAUUCCGACACGCAGUUGAAUCAGGGGGCCAGCACCGGUAGGCUUCCUGAACAACAUCAGUCUACAGCAAGGUUGCGUGUCCCCAAAUCGUCAUCGACCAUUCUGAGUUCAGCAAACCAGUCGCGACUUGCGGGCCAACGGACACUACUUCCUCAGAAUGAGGGACUCGUUGGCCAUGCGGCUCCAGCUACUGUCCCCUGGCGGACAUUAAUCAAACCCCCCACUCAUACGACAUCUCCGUUCUCAAGCGAUCAUAGCGAGAUGGACGAUGCUAUGCAAGACGACAUUCGAGAGACCGAAGGUCCCGACAGUCGGAUACGCCAAGACAACUGGUGGCGUGUUCUGGCCUCUCUCUGUCCCUGCACCUCUCGGCGGCAGUCUCAGCAACGGGACUGGCAAAAUGGGGAGCUUGGCUCUCCCACAUUUUCGACCCCGGACUCGGACGAGGACUCGGAGCUCGACUCGGCACUCACCGAUGACUCCAUCAACUGGCAACAACUCUUCAACCCGCUCACAUACUUACGGGCUAUCUCUUGGUUCUUUAGUGCCGCCCUGGAAAGUGUCGUCAACCUCUUCUCGGGUCUUUUCACGGAUCCCUUCCGGGACCGGUUGCUACGCAUCGGUGAGGUUCUGUUUUACACUAUCAGUGGCUUUUCAUUCGUUCUGCUCGCCGUCGUAUUAUCCAGCAUUGCCAUCGCCAAUUUGCCCAGCUUCGAAGACGCGCCUUCGGUUUCCGUUCCUUCGGUUCCCGUGCCAAGUUUCCCGGGCUUUGGGGACAUCGCCUCAAAGCUUGGACGCUUCGUUCCAUCCAUUCCCUGGUCCUCACGAAGCGCAUGGGAUGAUUUUCCCGGACUGGACGAGCUGCGAGGCGACCAAUAUGCCGAGUUUCAGGAUCUGAUCAACCAAGUACUGCGGGAUCUCCGUCUGAUGAAGGGCGCUGGCAAGCUCCACGAGUCAUCGAUUGAGAAACUCAAUGCAAUCGUUCCGAAGAUGGUACACAUGACUCUCAAGGACGGGAAACCCGUCGUCACACAGGAAUUUUGGCAUGCGAUCCGCGAUCUCAUUGAGAAGGAUGGCAGCUUCCCUAUGCUACACAAGGGCAGGGGCGGGCGUUACGAACCAUCGGCGGAGAAGCAGUGGAAAGACAUCGCAGCGUGGCUGGCAGGGCGUCCAGAAAUUGCUUCCAAGAUCAGCGAGGCGAACGAUGGGCUGGCCAAGAAGCUGCCGCACAUGUGGGAGGCUUGGGCGACGGACAACCAGCGCAAAGUUGAGCAGACUCUCCGCCCCAUACUGGACAAGAUGAAGAUUAGUGGUUCGCUCUCGGACAAGGACAUCGACAAGCGCCUUGAUCAGCUCAUCAAGAAGCACGUGGGCAGCAACAAGAGCGGCAGCACAAUCGUGACGCGGGACUACUUCUUGCAGUAUCUGCAGAACGAGUUUGCCACUCAUCGAGCGGAGAUGAUGGCCGAAAUCAGUGAGCUGCAGCCCAGGCUAGAACAGCUCAUUCGCGACUCGGUCGAUCUAGCCAAGAAGGAAAAGGACGAAACUUCGAGCAUGACACGGGCAGAGGUUACAAGGCUGGUUGACAGCCUGGUGCGCAAAGCCAUUGCCGAUGCCAACCUGGAGGCCAUGGCCAAGGGCCGGAUCCGCGCGCACUGGGAUUCAGAGCUCAAGAACCAACUCAACUAUUUCGGAGUGGGCGCUGGCGCCAUCAUCGAUCCCUCUCAGACCUCGACGACGUUCAAGCCCGAUGCCAAACAUCUCAACGACAAGGGUCUCAAGGGAGCCCAACCGUACGCACCCAUCGAGGCUCUUCUCCCGUGGCAUGACGAUGGCGACUGUUGGUGCGCCGCUCGCGAGGUCAACAAACGUGGCAACCCGCAUGGCGCGAAGCUGAGCGUCAUCAUGGCCCACUCAAUCAUCCCCCAGCACAUCGUGAUCGAGCAUAUCCUGCCUGGUGCUACGACAAAUCCAGGGGCACGGCCGCGGCAGAUUGAGGUGUACAUUAAAGUCGAAGACAGGGCUGUCAGGGAGCGUCUGCUGGACUUUGCCGCUGCCCACCUUGUGGAAGACGAGGCGGACUGGAACUAUACGCCUGCAGACUUGCCUCCGCAGUUUGUCAAGGUCACGCAGUUCACGUACGAGGGCGCGGAACUCCACGACGGCGUCCACGUUCACCGUCUCAGCAACGAACUGAUGGCCCUCAACGCCGAGACGGACCAGGUGAUUGUUCGCGCCGUGAGCAACUAUGGUGCUCCCAAUCACACGUGUUUUUACCGCAUUCGCCUCUUUGGGCAUAAAGUACCAGAGCUAGGCGAGUAGUGAAAGCAGG